GGCAGGAAGGGCUCAGCAGAACCCUCAGCCAUGGAGAAAUCCCGGCCGCUGUGGGACAACCCCCUGCAGUUUGUGUUUGCCUGCAUCUCCUACGCUGUGGGGCUGGGAAACGUCUGGAGGUUUCCAUACCUGUGCCAGAUGUAUGGAGGAGGUGGCUUUUUGAUCCCAUAUAUCAUCAUGCUGAUUGUGGAGGGGAUGCCACUGCUUUACCUGGAGCUGGCCGUGGGGCAGCGCAUGCGGCAGGGCAGCAUCGGCGCCUGGAAAAUAAUAAGCCCCUACCUCUGUGGUGUGGGUGUUGCCAGUGUCAUCGUCUCCUUCUUCCUCUCCAUGUACUACAAUGUGAUCAAUGCCUGGGCCUUCUGGUACCUCUUCCACUCCUUCCAGGACCCCCUGCCAUGGGCCACCUGCCCCCUGAACAGCAACCGCACGGGCUACGAGGAGGAGUGCGAGCAGACGACCCCCACGCAGUACUUCUGGUACCGGCAGACGCUCAACAUCUCGGAGGCGCUGGAGACGAGCGGGGGCGUGCAGUGGGAGCAGGCGCUGUGCCUCACGCUGGCCUGGCUCGUGGUUUACCUCUGCAUCCUCCGCGGCACCGCCGCCACCGGCAAGGUCGUCUACGUCACGGCUUCGUUGCCAUACUGUGUCCUCAUUAUAUACCUCAUCAGAGGUUUAACGCUUCAUGGGGCCGUGAACGGGCUCAUCUACAUGUUCACACCAAAGCUGGAGCAGCUGUCGAACCCCAAGACGUGGAUCAGCGCCGCCACGCAGAUCUUCUUCUCGCUGGGGCUGGGCUUCGGCAGCCUCAUCGCCUUCGCCAGCUACAACGAGCCCAGCAACAACUGCCAGCGGCACGCCGUGGUCGUCUCGCUCAUCAACAGCACCACCUCCAUCUUCUCCAGCAUCGUCACCUUCUCCAUCUACGGCUUCAAAGCCACCUUUAACUACGAAAGCUGCCUAAACAAGGUGAUCCUGCUGCUGAUGAACACUUUUGACCUGGAGGAAGGCUCUUUAACAGCUGACAACCUCAGUGAGAUGAAGGAGUACCUGCUGGCCAGGCACCCGCAGGAGUACACCCAGCUGUCCCCACAGCUCAAGAACUGCAGCCUGGAGGCUGAACUGGACACGGCUGUGCAGGGGACGGGACUGGCAUUUAUCGUCUAUUCUGAAGCCAUCAAGAACAUGGAGGUGCCGCAGCUGUACUCGGUGCUGUACUUCGCCAUGCUGCUGAUGCUGGGCAUCGGGAGCAUGCUGGGCAACACCGCCGCCAUCCUCACGCCGCUCACCGACACCAAGGCCCUCGCUGCCCGCUUCCCCAAGGAGGUCAUCGCAGGCUCUGUGUGCUUCAUUAACUGUGUGAUUGGCCUCAUCUUCACCACGAAGGCUGGAAAUUACUGGUUUGACAUCUUCAAUGACUAUGCGGCCACCCUCUCACUGCUCCUCAUCGUGCUGGUAGAAACCAUUGCCGUGUGCUACAUCUACGGGAUCAGAAGAUUUGAGAAAGACCUUCACACCAUGAUUGGACACAAGCCCAACUUGUACUGGAAAAUUAUGUGGGCUUUUGCUAGCCCUUUGCUAAUUGUAAGCCUAUUUGUGUUUUACCUCACGGACUAUAUCCUCACAGGAACGCUGCAAUACCAAGCAUGGGAUGCCACACAGGGGCAGCUGGUGACAAAGGAUUACCCAGGCUAUGCCCUGGCAGUGAUCGGGCUGCUGGUGGCCUCCUCCACGCUGUGCAUACCCCUGGGGGCACUACUCACUUUCGUAAGGAAGAGGCUGAGGAGGGACGACGUUUCGACGGUUGCAUGACAGGUGUCAGCUGGAUUUGGGAGCACCUUACCCUGCCAUCUCUAACGGGGCACUUCUGCAAAACAGCAGCAACCAUCAUUUGUAGCAGCUAUUCAUAGAGUUGAGAAGCGUGGGUGCUAUAUUGACCAAAACAAGUGUUCACAGGAGGUUACAGGAUGGUUUGGAAGGAAACAAAAAGCUCUUCUGUGACCAGAUGAAGCUUUAAAAUGGUCUCUGUAAGAGAGGGAAAACCAGAAGAGCAGCUCACAAAAUGCUAGCUAACAUCAGUUAACCAGUGUAUCAACCCAUUGCACAACCUUAGGCAAUUCUUUUCUGCUCUGCUGUAGCACUGCUGCUGUGGAAACAUGAGCCAGCAGCCCAGCAUGUUCCUGCACCAAGUGCCAGCACCUCCCCUUACUGCUCCUGCGAGCCACGCUUCAGCACACAGGCUAUUUGAAAUGGCAUUUGUAUUCCAGCGACAGACGACACUGCUGAGGUCUUGCCACACCAGUGUGAUAAUCCCUUUCCUACAAGGGAAAAGGUAGUGGGAUGGUAUUCAAGGUAAAUGUGGCCAACACUGCUGCCUUUCUACUGCUGUCCAGCAAAGCAGCUUUUACAUACACGUAGAUUUACACACACACACACAUAUAUAUAUACACACAUAUGUACACGCACCGAGCUGCAAAAGUUCCCUCACCUUGAGAAGAAGGAAACUUCCAUCUCCAGCAUGUAAUUGUGCACUGUGCUGGACUUGGUAUUUCCUAGGGAUGCACUUUGAGUACAACAGCAGAAAUCUAUGGUAAAGCUGCUUUACAAGCUCCACCCAAACAAAAGCACGCCAUGUAACUAGCUGUGACAAAGUUCAUAUCCAGGUAGACUUUAGUCAUGAGAUGUAACAAUCCAGCAGUUCCACAGAACUGGUUCUUUUCCCUAUAUGAACGUUUUAUAAAGAAUGCAACAUGUUUAAAUUGUAAGCUUCAUCUAAUAGAAAACAGUAAAAUUCUAUCUGUGAACUUCAAAGAGGUCACUCUGAAGAACAUGAGAGACACAUUAUGGCUUCUUACUGUCUUGUCUUCAUAACCAUUAGAAAAUGUUAAGUGCCUUGUAAAAGAGGGAUUCAUUUCAAACAAACAUUGUUAAAGCACAAGUCACUUCCUUACUUACCCUGGCACAAAAACAAGCAAGAGGCAACUGUACACCUUCAGGGUAGGUAAACCCCAACCACCACCACAGCCUUUGUCUGCAACAGCCUCUAGCACUAGGAUAUGCGCUUCCCUCCCCAGCCUUGACUAACAAACACAGGAAAGACAACUGUUUGACAUCUCCGUUUAUUAAAAAUGGAUACCAUAAACAAGACCUGUACAAAACCCAUCCGAAGCUGCCCAGCACGGGGCAGCGCUGCUGCGGGGAGCAGUUACCGUCUGGGGCCCCCUCUUCCUCUGCCACGACCUCGGCCUCUCCCACGGCCUCUGCCACGGCCUCUUCCAGCAACUUUGCAGAUGAAACAGAAAGGAGAAACCCAAGUGAGACACCCAGGAACAUGAUCACUUUGAUUAAAACACAUUCAGCAUCCCUCACCCACUGCUUCUCCCCGUGACCAGACACUCGAGGCCACUCACACAAGUUUCAGGCAGUGUUUUUGUCUUCCAUGGAAGGUUUUUCCUGUAACUUCCACAGAUGCCCGUUUGGCAUCGCUGCACAAAAUAAGGGGAUGCAACAGUUGGCUGCUCCCAAAUGUUAGGGGUAAGUCUGGCAGAGAACUAUGAUUCCUCUUCUCUUUCCAUUUUUUGGAUAAAACCUAGUUUU